AUGCGCACGGAGGACACCGCCGGCGGAAUAGGAGCGAAGAAGAACGGGAUCGACGCACCUGGAGAAGAUGCUAAUAACAUCAAGGUGCGCGAGUACAUAAAUUCAGCAGUUUACGUGGAGACCAUCUACGAGAUGGCACCGUGCAAGCAGAACGGCGCCGUCUACAUGAACAUCCCGGCCGGUGGAGACCAACCUAAGAUGGUCAAGGUGAAGAGGUGCGUGUGCUUCACCAAUCCCAAGGAGUGCCCGUGUCAUCCGCGGACCUUAACCGAUUUCGAUGACCAAAUCCCGAGUCCCAUUGAGAUCAAACCGAAAUUCACCUCCUCUACCACGGCUCUACUGACCAAGACCACAGAAAGAGCUAACAGCUUCGACAGCGAUAGCGGGAUCACCGUCAAAGCGACCAACUCGACUCAGGAUGAUCUGCGACUGUCCAUCGCGUCUCUGACAACAAUGAGUACAAUCAGGAUCAUCGAUGAGCAGACCAAGGAAGAGAAUUUUAGGAACUGGUGUGCAAGGAAGGACCAAGAGCGUAAGCUGCAGGAGCAGAAAGCGUUGCUCCUGAACGAGAUGAAGAGGAAGCAGCGCGAGCAGCAGCUCGAAAUUGAGCGCGAGAAUUUUCUUCGUUGGUUGGCUGGCAAGAAGAAGGACGAGGAGAUAAAGAAGCGCGAAGAGGAGGAGAAGAUCUUGGUGGAGGAGCGCAGGAAACAGGAGGAACGCGAUAAAAGGAUGCGGGAGAAUGAUCUAAAUUUCCAGUUAUGGCUGAAAAGGAAAGAGGAGAAGCUAUUAGAAAAGAAACUUAAGGAUCAGAUGUCUUUAAUUAAGAAGGAGGACGAAAAACAGAAGCGUUUGGGUUAUAGCUCCAAAGCGUACGAGAUCUGGUUGAAGCAGUCGAAGACGAAGCAAAAACCUGUACCAUUAAAUCGCGGCCUAGAAAGUUUGAAAUCUUCGGUUUCGGUAACUUAUAUAAAUCCUCAGCCCUGGGUGCCCAACAUCGACAUGACUCAGAAGCCGACAUCACAAUGA